GUGAGGGGUUAUGGGACAAAAAAUACAUCCGCUUGGUUUCAGACUUGGCGCAACUCAAAGUCAUGAUUCUAUUUGGUUUGCACAACCAAUAAUUUAUUCCAAGAAUAUAAAAGAAGAUAAAAUGAUCCGAUAUUGUAUCGUGCAUUAUAUACUAAACACGAUAAAUGGAUCCUUGGAAUUCGAUGUCGAUAUCUCUGGCUAUGGAAUUGGACGAAUAAAGAUUCAAAAAAGAAUCGAUCGAAUUAAAGUGAUAAUCUAUAUGGGACUUCCAAACUUAUUAAAAGAAGAGGUGAAGGCUCAAAGAAUCGAAGAAUUAAAGACUCAUGUACAAAAAAAAGUAAAUUGUGUGAACCGAAAAAUCAAGCUUGGAAUUACAAAAAUUGCAAAUAUUUAUAGAGAUCCUCAUAUUCUUGCACAAUUUAUAGCCCAACUAUUACUGAAUAGAAUUUCGUUUUGUAAAGCAAUGCAAAAAGGUAUUGAAUUAGUUGAACAGGCAGAUACAAAAGGAGUUCAAAUACAAAUUGCGGGACGUAUCGACGGAAAAGAAAUUGCACGUGUCGAAUGGAUCAGAGAAGGUAGGGUUCCUCUACAAACCAUUCGAGCUAAAAUUGAUUAUUGUUCCUAUCCAGUUGUAACUAUUUGGGGGGUAUUUGGAAUCAAAAUUUGGAUAUUUCUAAACAACGACUAAUCAACUUUUCCUUAUAACGUUCCAUCUUUUGAUAAAACAAAAAAUGAUGAAUUCUUACUACAUUCUUAUUCUCAAAGAAGAAAAUUUAGAAGAUUGAAUAAAAAAAAUUAAUUAAUCAUUUUAGAAUGAAGGAGUUGCUAUGCUUAGUGUGUGACUCGUUGGUUUUUUUUUUAUAGUGGUUAAAUUUCUACAAAAAUUCGUAGAAUUAAUUAUUAUAAAAAACCUACUCAUCGCUUCCCAUUAUCUGGAGAUAAAGAACCGCCUAAAAUCUAAAAUCAAAAUAAGGAUGUGGUCAUAUAAUUAUAGCAACUGAAAUAAAAAAAUCAGAUUAUUAGUUGUAAAGCAAUAAGAAUAUACAGAUAAAUGAAGGGGUGAAAGAAAGAUAGAAAAAGGAUAUCAAUGAUAUAGAAUUCUACUAUGUAAAGGUCUAUGGGUCAUCUCAUAAAAAGGUAGUGUAAUAAAGCAUCAAUAUUCAAAAUUCAUCCAUAUAUGGUUGAAUAUAUUCCUAGAAUAAACGAAUCAAGAGCCACGAAUCAAGAAAACUGAGAAGGUUGAUUCAACAAAAAAGAAUCAAAUAAGAAAAUGUUAAAAAAUAAAAAAUUAUCUUAUUAAUAUUCAAGAGGCUCCAUUGUAGAAUUUAGACCUAACCAUAAAUAGAAAAGCGAUGGGAACGACGGAACCUGUGAAUACAAAAGAUUCUAUUAAAAUUAGAAAUCUUACUUACUGAUUCAUUAGAUGGGAUGGCGGAAGGAACUAAGAAUUCAUUGUUUUUGGAGGAGUUGUGGACUAACUCAACAUUACAUCUUCAAUUUAUAAUCAGAGAGUCAAUAUUCGCCCGCGAAAAUGUGGAUUUUUCGGAAUUUAGAAAUUUUUGCCAAUCCAAUAUGAUAAUAAUAAAAAAAAGACGAAUACGGAUUUGUUAGAACCUUAAUAUCCAAAAAUAUUAGCUAGUUUAGAUACAGAUAGCAAAAAUGGUCUAUAAGAAUACAUAUUUCAUUAUAUAUCAAAGCAAGAUUCAAAAAUUUCUAAUAGAUCCAUAGAUUCUAUGUCAAAAAAUCCCGCGAUUAUAUUCUAUUUCAUUUUCUAUUUUAUUAAACAUAUGUAUCUUAUUGUAUAUUAUUUUAAUUAUUAUUAUUUUUUGAUCGGUUCAAUAUUUUUCAAUUGAUUUAUUUGCGAGGAGCCGUAUGAGGUGAAAAUCUCAUGUACGGUUCUGUAAUAGAGAUGGAAUUGAGAAAUAACCAUCAACUAUAACCCAAAAGAACGAGAUUCCGCAAACAUCAUAGAGGAAGAAUGAAAGGAAAAGCCUCUCGCGGUAAUAAAAUUUGCUUCGGAAAAUAUGCUCUUCAGGCACUUGAGCCCGCUUGGAUCACAUCUAGAAAACUAGAAGCGGGUCGACGGGCAAUGUCACGAAAUGUUCGCCGGGGUGGACAAAUAUGGGUACGCAUAUUUCCAGACAAACCUGUUACAGUAAGACCUACCGAAACGCGUAUGGGUUCGGGAAAGGAUCGCCCGAAUAUUGGGUAGCUGUCGUUAAACCCGGCAAAAUACUUUAUGAAAUGGGAGGGGUCCCAGAAAAUAUCGCUAGAAAGGCAAUUUCAAUAGCGGCAUCCAAAAUGCCUAUACGAACUCAAUUCAUUCUUUCCAAAUAAUCAUUAGAACGAAAGAGGUCUUUAGUAUGAAAAAAGGCAAUUCUCCGUUUCUUUUUUUUUUUGAACACAUAAUAUUUUUUUUACUUCAACUUUUUGACUCAAAGAUAAGAAAAAAGGAUAUGAUUCAACCUCAAACCUAUUUAAAUGUAGCCGAUAAUAGUUGAGCGCGCGAAUUGAUGUGUAUUCGAAUCAUAGGAGCUAGUAAUCGACAGUAUGCUUAUAUUGGUGACAUUGUUGUUGCUGUAAUCAAAAAAGCAGUGCCAAAUUCAUCUUUAGAAAGAUCUCAAGUCAUCAGAGCUGUAAUUGUACGUACUUGUAAAGAACUAAAACGUCGUAAUGGUAUAAUAAUAAAGUAUGAUGAUAAUGCAGCGGUUCUCAUUGAUAAAGAAGGAAAUCCAAAAGGAACUCGAAUUUUUUCCGCAAUAGCCCGAGAAUUGAGACAGUUAAAUUUCACGAAAA